UUUCAAGACCUCAGUCCCUCCUUACUGAUUUUUGAACUCGGCCUCGGUCUUAAAAAGUUUAUUUACACCUGCCUCGUUCAGUAUUAUAUAACACCGCGCACGAGAUACAGAGCUAGCUCUGGGUCAGCCAGAGUCGCGGCUUAACGUGAGGCCUUGUGCAACCUAAUCUGUCCUCAUCUCCUUGCACAUUUUUCUGUACCUUACCGGACGGUUUGACAUUGGGCUGGUCGAGGGGUUUGGAGCUACUGUUCCGUGGUUUUUCAAUAAAUUUGACCUCGUUUAGCACGAUAUAUAACCAUUCUCACCCACUCUUCAGUUUCAGCUCUCGUCUGCUCCGCCCUUCUCCCCACCGUUCCCGUGCUGCUGCUCUGACCGGGUCCCCGCCGUCGCCCGGGGCGGUGCGGAGACACGGCUCCGUCCGACCGGUAAUCAGUGCCCGGGGCGCGUGUCACUCAGCUGCUCUGCUCGGCACGCGGCGCCGCGGGCCGCACUGCGCACCUGAGCACCCUGAUUAACCACGGCCGCCGCCACCGUGCCCCGCGCGGAGCCCACUCACUCGGACGGCCCGGCUAAUUUGGACGCUAAUUGACACGGGAUACAGACAUGCGCCGCGCUUUAUGAAACAUUAUCGGCGCGAAAAACAAAUCCGCCGCCCGCUCAGCGCGGCGGACAGAUUUGUUACCCCGCCGCUGAGCCGCUUGUCGGCACGCGGGCAAACAGAACAAGCCGAAUUAGGCGCACCACCGACACCCGUUCGGGCCCUUUUGGCGGCCGGCCGGACAAAGCGCGUGGAAGGCUUAGCGGUCGGUGGCGGCCGGCACAUGAACGCUGGCCAAACAUUAUUUGUUUAGCCAAUUAGGGGUGCUGUCGCAGCGCGUUUGUGCGUCGUGGCUCGUCCGCGGUGCACGGCUCAUUAGCUGCUCGUCCUCUCGCGGGCCGGGACGGGCCGGCCGGCCGUCUGCGGCGCCGGGACGGACGGGCAGACCGAGUCCGCCGGCCGCGCGGGCAGCAUGCAGGCCUCGUGCGACUCUCCCGACCGGCCGACACAGCUCUCCUACAUGGAGGUGCUGCGCUACCACGAGCUGUGCCAGACCCUGUACGGCGGGCAGCUGUGGGCUGCUCCCUGGCUGCCGACACCGGCCCCGGCCGGCUGGGGCGAGCUGGGCCGGCCAGCGGCACCCGCUACUGUGUGCGGGUCACCGCCGGCCGUCCUGUCCGACUGUCCCCCGGGAGACUGCAGUCACCGGCCGGCCGCACAGGAAACCAACACCGGCCGCGUGACGAGCGACUUCAGCAUCGAGGGCAUCCUGUCGGGGCGCCGGCGGAGCGCCACGCCGCCCGCAGACGACAAAGAACCAGAGUAUGAUUGGCUCAACUGCACCCGCUACAAGCCGCCCAAACUGCCACGACCAAAGAAGGAAGGCGUGCAGAAGCGGCGGCUGGGCCGGAACCCGCGCAUCCCGUUCUCGUCACACCAGAUCGCGCUGCUGGAGCACAAGUUCCGACACAAACAGUAUCUGAGCAGCUACGACGUGACGGAGCUGGCCAGCCUGCUCUGCCUCUCUCAGACCCGGGUGAAGAUCUGGUUCCAGAACCGGCGCGCUCGAGAACGACGUGACCACGAGGCGCGCACUCGCACCGCCCUGCCAGUGGUGUCGGGCGCCCCGGCCGUGCCGCCCUCCACGCCGUCCCCGACCGUACUGCACUCGGUGCGGUCCGCCUUCCAGCCGGUACUGGCGGCGGCCGAGACGGUCACAGAGUGUCACAGGAGUCAGGAGCGGCCGAGACUGGAGCUGGACAUGGCUCAGACCCGGGGCGACUGAGGGUGGAACUGAGGGGUUAAGUCCGCCGAACCGCGGGACUACAUAGGUCGCCGAGGGGUGGUGGCGUGAGCUAGAGGAGGCCAGUCGUGAACCCGAUAGUCAUGUUUGUUGUUGGUUGUGCUGAGUGUUGGAAGGAGCGCAUGAUGGAGGUUCCGUGGGUUUUAUGUCCGGAGCGAGUGAUGGAGAUACGGAAUGAGAAGGACCAGUCUGUUUGUGCAGACUGCCGGGUGACGAUUUACAUUUCUCUGCCGUCAUAAGCAGAAAAAAUGUAGUCCGAUACGCUGCUAUUCAAUGUCGCUCGCAAGAGCAAUGGGUAACUAUUGUAUGAUUGUGCGAACAUUACUGUCUCAGGGAAUGGUCAGUCUGUCUACAGAUGUAUCUGUAUUUUAACUGUACGUGUUGACAACCCUAUCGGCGGACUGUCUACACACCGCCCCAUGAUCAUUACGAGCGAGCGAGCGCAGCGAGCGAAGUGAGUCUUUUCAAUAUAACGGAAAAAUCUCAGUAUGAGCGGCCCGGCCCGGCCCGGCCCGGCCCGGCCCGGCCCGGCCUGUAACGCUUUUGAGAGG